AUGGAGGCUUCAGAAAUAGCAGAUUGCUAUCCUGUUACCGCAAUGGAAACGUUCAAACUUGUAAUGAUUCAGGGAACCAAGUUCCAUACAUCCCUAGUCAAAUAUUCCUUUCCGGAUAUGCAGACUCUCAAUACUAGGGCACAGAUUUACAUUCGGCUUGAGGAGAAUGUGGAGAAUAAAAUAAAGUUUGCAGCCCCUCAGCUAAUAAGGCAACCAUUGGAACAGAGGGACAAGACCAAGCACUACGCCUACCAUAAAGAUUACGGGCAUAUAACUAAUGAUUGCAGAUCCCUUAGACUGCAAGUGGAAAACAUGAUACUAAGAGGUGAAUUGGCAAACUACCUCACAACAAACGAGUACGUGACGCCUCAGGAGGUCAAUCCUCGAAAAGUCGAAGCCCAUAAGCUAAGGAGGUUAUCCUCAGUACACACUAUCGCUUUGGGAAGGGUCAACAUUUGGUUCGGCAAUGGAGAUCUAUCUAGAGUUCAACUCCCCUACGAGGAUCCGUUUGUCAUCGGUCUCUUGGUGGCGAAUUGCAUGAUUAAGAGGGUUUUGAUAGACCCGGGUAGCAGGGCCAACAUCAUCACAAAGGCGGUCUUUGAGCAGCUAGAGAUUCCGUCAUCAUUGAUUCGGCCUACCUCUAGCCCCUUGAUGGGGUUUGAUAGCAUAAAGGUAGACCCCCUUGGGUUAAUUGACCUAUUCGUGACCGCGGUAAAGAGGACACUGAAGGAAAACUUUGUUUUAACGGAGAUCUACCCUUCCUAUAAUCUCAUUAUGGGAAGAGGCUGGAUCCAUCGAAUGAAUGGGGUUCCAUCUACCUUUCAUCAAGUGAUGCAAUGCUUGUCUCCGGAAGGUAAAGAGGUUAUUGACCUCAGGGGAGAUCAAGUUGCUGCCAAAGAAUGCUACAUAUUGAUACAGAAUGAGGCAAAUAAGCAAUUACGAAACCCUCUGCCCAGGUAUUUGAAAGUAGAGGAUGAGGCCGAAGCUGAAAAGCCUACCAAGGAGUCUUUGGAGGCUGUCGAAGCAAUCCUCGGCAAUCCUUAG